AUGGCCUUGACGGAACAGACAGCCCCGCCCCAGGCUUGGGGUCGCUGGCAGCAGCAGCCUGCCGGCCAUGACUACGCGAUGAUGGAUAACACAGCCUUUGUGCAGUACGACUCGAGAGCGGCUACCUCUGCCCCCAUGAACGGCACUGUUAUCUCUCCGCAUUACAUGGUUGGCUCCCACUACGGUGUCGCAUCUAUGCCGGCAAUGGGCCAUCACUGCCCGACCCAAAACCACUUCGCAUAUGCUCAGUACGAUUCACCUCCGGCCAAUAUGAACAUGCCCUUCAGACUGCCAGCGCAACAAGAACGAUCGAUCAUGCCUGUAGUAGCCCCAGCGCAUGAGGUCCCGCGAGCCAGCUCCUACCCUCAGGAGUCACCUUCGGGACAGAAUGACCGACAUCGCAGCCCAUCCACCCGAAGCGAGACGAAGAUGAGCAACCCAAAGACGCCCCACCCCCUCAACACCAAGGAAAUCAAGUUCAACAAGCCCACGAGCGCGGACCCAGUGAACUUCACCACUGCUAUCGACACUCUCAUGAAGGCGAUCCAGAAGAGGCACGACACUGAGGAUAUUGUCAAGGGCGUCCCAGAGACCGAACAGGUUGUCAAGCCGGAGCCUAGAUCUCCCAAGGUAAGACCCGGAUCUGCGUCCGCUGGCUUGAGUGACUGCGCUGACGAUGUCCAGCCCGAACCGACCCCGGCUGCUUCGGCCCCGACACCCUCGACAACGACAGACUCGUUGGAUGCUCCCAAGACCAAGCGUUACGUUUGUGACAUUGAUGGCUGCGGUAAAAGCUUCUAUCAAAGCACCCACUUGGACACUCACAAACGCGCCCACACCGGUGAAAAGCCAUACAAAUGCACUUGGCCGAACUGCGAGCGAACCUUCUCGCAACCUGGUAACCUCAAGACUCACAUGCGCCGCCAUACCGGCGAGAAGCCCUUCCGCUGCGAGCAAUGCAGCAAAGUGUUUGCCCAGCGUGGCAACCUCCAGACGCACAUGGCCACACACACUAAUGCGAAGCCAUUCGUCUGCAAGCUCGACCAAUGCAACAAGAUGUUUACCCAAAGAGGCAACCUCAAGGUGUGUAGAGUCGGGGUGACUUACCUCACGGCCAUCCAGCUAACUUGGCAUCAGAACCAUCAAAACAAGUACCACGAGAAGACCCUCAUGGAAAUGACUGACUGGAUUGUCUCCAUUUCCGAUAUUGACGGCUUGUCCGAUGACCAGCGAGAGAUGUACUGGUACUUUGCCAACCUCUACAAGAACAGUAACAAGGGCAUUAAGGGCCGUGGCAAGGACCGCAGGGUCAGCAACCGUGUCUCGAAGUCCAGGACUGCUCCCUCAUCUUAUCCGGUCAAGCGCGUGCCCAAUCCCGCGAGCCUCGCAGCAUACAGCUCGAAGAGGCUGCCUCCCCCGGAACAGUACAUGCAACAUCACCAGCACGGCUACGAGGUUUACGACACGGAUAUGGAUCAGUCCUCGAGCGCAAGCAGCCCCAGAUAUGAUGGUAUUCCUCCUGCCUACCGAGAUCGCAUGUACCACCAGUCCAGCCAUGCCAUCUACUAG